AUGAAGGUGGACGAAAUUGACCGAUUUGAAAUCGCCGUCAUAUGCCUGGAGGCUGUGCUGUUUGUGCCAACUGUGUUCGGAAACGUACUCAUUCUGAUCAGUAUUGGCCGCUUUCGUCGGCUCCAGACGCCGCUCAACGGCCUCGUUGGCAACCUUGCUGUCAGUGACCUAGUUACCGUAUUGAUCCUCACCCCCGGGCACAUCGUCGGCGCAUUCCUUGAGCUGAACCGAGUGAGGGCGUUUUGCCUGUUUUACCUGUCGUCCAAUGCGGCUUUCUUGCUCGUCUCCCUGCUCACGAUGCUGGCUAUAUCAAUGGAACGCUAUUAUUCCGUGGCGCGAAGCCGUCUUCCGAACUGUUGUGAUGACCUUGAUCGGAAGAACGUGCGCAAGCACAUGGUAAAGAUGUACCUCCUCAUGGCUAUGUCUGCAGCAUUUCUCAUUUGCUGGGGGCCUUUCUGUGUCAUGUCCUUGUACCAGUUAAUAUUUGUGGCAGAAGAUUUGAAGUGGGACUCCGGCAUGGGGAGUUAA